AUGAGGUUCCGUGUGCUCUAUGAGUAUUUCAUCUACUUUAUCAUCUUGGUAUCUAUUCUGCUAUGUAUGGUGGUAAUGGUAUUAUCGAAGAGUUUGACGAGGAGUCAGACUCGGCAGAAGCGCGACUACGCCUUUAUUGUCAUUUUCAACUCUUGUCUAGACCUUCUGUUUGCACUUUUUGCGUUAAUCAAUAUGCCGGUAAGUCGGUUGUUGGUUCAACUCGCUGUCAAGAUUAUUCUAAUUUCAAUCACCUUGAGCAAGACCCUUUUAGAACGCCAUAACCUACGAAGGGACACUGUUUGUGAUCAACAACAACCCUUUGUUUCGGCAUUUUGCUUAUCCGCAAGCAAAUGCGGUGAUGAUGUUGUUCACGGACAUGACUCUCGUCUUGUCGUUAGGCCAACUGGUCCAUUUUUGGUACCGUCACGACAUAAUUUGCCAUGGUGUUACGUGGUCAAGGAAGCGAUACAUUUUCAAGUUUUUCAGUAUCAGUCUGGUUAUUGUUUCUGACUACGUUUUCUCGGUUCUGGUCCGGGACGACGUUGGACCAUUUGUGAAAUUGCUGGAGGAAACACACUUAUGUAAAUACAGCACCGAGGCAUUCUUGAUGUUUGGGGUAUGAUUUUUCGGCGUCGCGAUACUUGCGGGCAACCUCUUUGUGGACAGCGGGCACUUGCCGAUAGAAAUACGGUUUUUCUCACGUAAUCUCCAUAGUAUGAUAGAAAUUUUACAAGUGCUUGGUACUGAUAAGUACACGAAUCUAUUUUCUAGCUGCGCGCAUAUGUGGGCCGCCGGCUUUUCGUCUUUUUUGGUUGUUUUGACUUGUUUUUGAAAUUAUAAUAUAAUCUCUGUAUUAGGUCGAUUGAAGUUUAAUCGAAUGAAAUUAUAGAUGACGGCUGUUUCAAUAACCAAGAUGGUGGUGUAUCAGGUUGUUUUGACUUCCUUCUACGUGCUCCUCAUUUUCUUCGGAAUCAAAACGCAGCUAACGUUGAGGCGAAACAUUUACAGGUCAUCGCAAAAAACGAUGGAGGGACAACGACUAAUCUUACGAUCAAUGGCAAUGCAGGUAAGGGGUCCAACAAGGAAAACAUCGAAAGUAAUUGGUAAACAUAAGCUUUUAUUGACUGCAUUAAUUUUGCAGGCGUUUUGUCCAGUGGUCACGUUUUACCUCCCUUGCUCGCUAUUUAUUGUUUUUGCUUUCUUAAAAGUGGACUUACUUGACUCCAGCUAUUACUUGGGAUCGCUGGUGCAUUUUCUACCGCUGCUGAACCCUAUCUCGGUAUUGACCCUGAUCCCAUCCUAUCGACGACAUGUUCUGAUAAAAUUUCAACAAAGAAUUGCAACGGUUUCCGACUUCUCGUAA